AUGUUUUGAAGAAGAUUGUUUUAUGACAUCGAAAAUCAAUCAACCAUAACCAUAUGGUUAUAAUCUUAUCAUCAAAUGUUGUAGAUGACUAAAUUUAGCCAUUUCAUCUAAUAAUCAAAGUGAAUGGUGAUGAAAAAAAAAAAAUGAAUUCGAAUGAAAAAUUCGGCUAUCAUUUCAGAUUUGCAAGACAAUGAUCAAUAACAAUGAUAAAUCAAUGGAUAAGUUUUUUUAUCUUUAUGGUUUGCAUUCAUUGUCUUUUAACGGCAGUUGAUCAUGAUGAUGAAGACGAUGAUGGCUUUACAACACUUACAGAUGAUUAUGGUCAUACUAUUGGUCAUAUAAAUCAAGAACCAAUAACUAAUCGAAAACAUAAUGAUGAACGGAAUGAUGAUGAUGAUGACAGCACCGACGACGACGACGACGAUGGCGAUAAUGAUGAUCGGAAAAUUCAGGUUAAAAAACGAAAUCGUAAUAAUUGGAACAAUGAUGAUAAUGAUGACGAUGAUGAUGAUGAUGAUGAUAUGCUUUCAAAUGAUGAAUCAAUGACAAAUCAUUUACAUUCAAAUGACGAUUAUCGAUCAAAAAUCAAUAUGGAUGACAAUAAUAAUAACGGUGAUGAUGGUGGACAGAAAGAAAUAUUAAAAACUCAACAAAAAUUAGCAACAAUGAAUCGUGUACCUGAUGUACAUAAAAGUCUUAUUAUUAAAGUAUAUCGUGGUCCAACCGAACAUCAGGAUGAUAAUCGUAAAUCAUUUGCAUCAUGGGGUUAUUUCAUUAAAUUUCCAAAUGUUUAAAUGUAAAUUUUCAUUUUUUAAAACAAACAAACACACACGCACACUCAA